AUGAGAUCAUAAACCCAUGCCCCAAAGCCUGGCUUCUCCUCCUUGGAAUAGCAAGCUCCAUCAUUGCCAGAUAAGAGCAUUUCUAAAGACAGCAAGCUUUCCCUGGACUUUGUCAAUGUGGCAACUCUUAAGGUGCGGUAUGAUAGAUUUGGGAAUAUGAUUGAUAAGAAAAAGAGAGAAUAGCAAGUGUCUUUUAGAGACAGAAUAGAAAAGACACAAAAGUUAUACGAUUUAAUAAUGUUUGAUCAAUUUAAACUUGAAUUAGAGCAGAAACAGAAUUAAAAAUAAGGAGAAACCUAAAAUUUGUGUUGCUAAAUUUAAUGA